AUGUCAAUCGUAGAUGCAUCGCUCACCUCACCCUCUACAAUUGUUGGCCACAAUAGAUUUUUUCGCUCCAUAAAACCAGAGGCAAAAGAAGCUCUCAAACGGGAUUACGUCGUCCGCGAAAUGGCUGCUGGUUCUAACCACCAGUUGCAUCCACAUCAGGCAAGUGGGGCUGGCUCGAGCAAUUCCUCUGGCACAAAGUGGUUGUCAACACCUAUGGGAAUUGCUUCUCAGACGAAGGGACAUGCCAAAAGAGGUCGCCCUCCUGGUAGUGGAAAUAAAGCUAUCAAAAUGGCAGAAGCUUGUCCCACUGCAUCUGUGGCUGACUUCAUGGCUAAUGUCGGUGUCGCCUGCAAGGCAUCUAGCACCGGGAUUCGCCAACAACGUCGCAGGAUUCGAUUGCCUGAGUCUGUAAAAUGUGAAAGCGAGAGCCCCAUUAAGAAACCUAUUAUGAUUCGUCCCGAUCUCCCAAUAAUGCCUAAUGAUGGAUUGAAAAUCUCUCAAGAGGAACGUGUGGCCGUACUGUCUUUUUUCAACACAGCUUCUGUCGAAGAGCUCGCUCUUAUGCCUGGUUGCUCGCGCAAGACUGGUGAGGCCGUAACUAAACUUCGGCCUUUCAAGCACACAUUAGACAUAAUGCAACGACUGGAUGCUACUCGUCACCUCAGCUCAAGUUUGGUCACCGCUGCACUCGACCUGCUUCACCAACAGGUCUCGCUCUCUCGGCUACUGGCACGCUGUGAGCGCAUCGCUUUCCGUAUGGAACAGAGCGCUGCAGAAGCCCACUUGCUCAAAGAUGGCGCUCUUCGUUUACCCUCUGAAGAGGUGCUUCAGCAUCUCCGAGAAGAGACAAGACUGGCGCGCCGGCGCAGCCGCCAGCAACAGGCUGUGUCUACGAGUGCGACUACGAAUGGCAGUGGCAGCGAAGCCAUGGAUUCAUCACCUGGUAAUCGCCUUUCCGAGGACAGACUAGUUGAUGAAGAAGAGGACAUUCCACGACAAGAUCCUGCUCCUUUCAUUACCCAGCAACCGGCCAUUCUCAAUCCCCUGUGGGUUUUUCCUUAUGUUCUUUUCAUCCAUUAUUUAUGCCCAUUUUGCUGCUAG